AUGGCGUGCCUCUCGAGAUUUAGGAACUUCAUUGUCUUCCUCGUCGUCUUCUACGGCUUGUACCUUUUCACUUACAAGUGUCCCCAGGUCGUGGACCACCCAAUUGAGCUGUCGGCCAAGUCCUUGUUCAGCCCUCUUGCCUCCACCCACAAGCACUUGUGUGGCCACUUGAACCACGGACACAAGCUUGCCACGCCUUACAUCAACAAGGUCCACUCCUUGUUAGACGAGCACGUGCACUCCACUGCUUUCUUCAAGGACAACAAGAUUGAAGACAAGAUUCAGUCCGCCAAGGCCCACUUCUUCGCUCACGUGCACCCAUACGUUGAAAAGGUGUGGCAGGGCGUUGAGGUUGUGGAGGCUCACGCUUUCGAUGCUGGCUACAAGGCCUACGGUCACUUGGAACAACAUUUCCACAAGGCCGUCAAGCCAACGGCUGAGGAGUUCAAGGACGCUGUUUCUGAGCAGGCUGAAAACCUCAAGGACAAGAUCCACUCCAAGUUUGAUUAG